GUAGAAUGACUCAAACAGUUCAUAUCAUUGACGUUGAAAGUGGGAACCUUCAGUCUUUGGCAAAUGCCAUCAAAAAAAUCGGUGGUUACGAUAUCAAGUACAUCCAUAACUUGAAAGAAUUCAAUGAAUGCGAUAAAGAGAUCAGCAAAUUGUUAUUUCCAGGUGUAGGUAAUUAUGGGCAUUUUGUUAAAGAAUUGCAUGAAAGAAAGUUGAGUAAACCACUUCGCGAAUACGCUGAGAGUGGUAGAUCAUUGAUGGGGAUCUGUGUUGGUUUGCAAUCACUUUUAAGUAGUAGUGAAGAAAGUGAAGGUAUUGACGGAUUGAAUUUUUUGGAAUUAAAUUUACGGAAAUUUGAUAAAAAAGAUGCAGUCUUUGUUGAAAAAAACCAGUUAAAGUCAAUUCCACAUAUUGGAUGGAAUAGUAUUACUAAACUUACCGGUAAAAAUGGAGAAGAAUUAUCAGCAAAGGAAUCGUUGUACGGGAUGAAUUUGGUUAAUAAGUAUUAUUUUGUUCAUUCAUACGCAGCAAUCUUAAAGAAUGAAGAAGACUUUAAUACUAUUAAGAAAGCAAGUCAAGAAGGUUGGGAGUUUGCUUAUGCUAGAUACGGCUCAGAAGUAUUCCUAGCAUCGGUAGCGUAUAAAAACUUUUUUGCAACUCAAUUUCAUCCAGAAAAAUCAGGUAUUGCUGGUUUAAAAAUAUUGAAGAGUUUUUUAGAAGGGUCGAAAUAUUCUCAAGUUAAUGAAAGUGAUGUUCAAACCCAUCAAGACGAUGUUGAAACUACCUUGAGUGGAUUAUCAAGAAGAAUAAUUGCUUGUUUGGACGUUAGAACCAACGACCAAGGUGAUUUGGUUGUUACUAAAGGUGAUCAAUAUAAUGUUAGAGAAUCUGGAAGCGAUGGGAAAGAAGAGGUGAGAAACUUGGGAAAACCAGUUGAAUUAGCAACUAGAUAUUAUUUACAAGGAGCAGAUGAAGUCACUUUUUUAAACAUUACAUCAUUCCGUAAUUCACCAAUUAAAGAUUUACCAAUGUUGCAAGUUUUAAGUAAAGCUGCGGAAAACAUUUUCGUACCUUUAACCGUUGGAGGAGGUAUUAAAGACUUAGUUGAUCCAGUUACUGGUGAAGAAUACCCUGCAGUAAAAGUUGCCCAUUUGUAUUUCCGCUCUGGGGCUGAUAAAGUAAGUAUUGGUUCAGAUGCAGUUACCAUCGCAGAAAACUAUUAUGCAAACAAUAAGAUAAAGACUGGCAAGACUUCCAUUGAAUCUAUCUCAUCUACAUUUGGUGUCCAAGCAGUGGUUAUAUCUGUUGAUCCAAAAAGAAAAUAUUUGAGUUCACCCCAAGAAACAAGCAUGCAAACAAUUGAAAUCAAAGAUCCUUCCAACUACGGGCCAAAUGGAGAAAAAUACUGUUACUAUCAAGUCACUUCUCAAGGGGGUAGAAAGACCCACGAGCUUGGUGCUCUUGAAUUAUGUCUUGCAUGUCAAGAUUUGGGAGCCGGUGAAAUUUUACUAAACUCAAUCGAUAACGAUGGCUCAAAUAAAGGUUAUAAUCUCGAAUUGUUAAGUCAAAUAAAAGAACAAGUUUCAAUUCCAGUUAUUGCUAGCUCUGGUGCUGGGAAACCAGAACAUUUCCAACAAGUUUUUGAAUUGGAUUGCGGUAUCGAUGCUGCUUUAGGUGCUGGUUUAUUCCAUCGUGGUGAUUAUGAAGUCAACGAUGUGAAAAAAUAUUUACAGUCAACUGCUAAAAUGGACGUUAGAUUAGAUGAUACCGUUGAAUUAUAAUAACUUUAUAGACUUAAUCAUACAUAUAGAUUACGAAUCCGUC